CUCUGCUCUGCUCUACUGCCGAUGCUUCUUUCCACCUUCAAGUGCAGCUCCACUGGUUGGAGCUCAGAGCUCAGUUAAGCUCACCUGGCAGGCGUCCGGGGACAAGACCAAACCUUCAUCGGGAUCAAGACGGACAAACGUGAUGGAAACCAAAGGCUCUUUUUGGGCUAAAGACUUCUGAGAUCUUGAGGGACACUCAAGGAUAUGUGAUACUGGCUAAACUGUCUCUGGAUCUAUCUGGAUUGGAAACCUUCUCCAGCUGCCAGGUUUCGGCCCACGUCCUGCCAUGGGGGCAUCCUUCACGGCCUUCUGCGCUCACUUCUGCUGCUGCUGCUGCAGCGGGGACGACGACGACGAUGAACCGGAGGAAAAGAGUCCUUUACUGAGUGGAAAUGCGCUGCUGUAUUUCGACCUGGAGGCGAAGAAGAGGCGAGACCAGGAGACGAAUCUGUGGAGCGAGCCAGGGGACCCGAGCCACUCGGAGCGGGACGACGAUCGGGAGCUCUACAACCUGCUGCAGAAGCGCUCCAAGACGCAGAGAGGCUCCCAGGGGUACCGGCGUCUCAGUGUGGACAUCAACGCCAUGAGGGAGGUGCGGCGCGGUGUGAGAGACAGAUGGAAGCUUAUCCUGGAGGACCUCGGGUUCGUGGCCGAGGCCGAGGCCCUGCUGACGGUGUCGACGAGCACGUCCUUUGACCGGAUGCACAACGCGCCUGAGGCCCGCGCCCUGCUCAGCAUCCUGCACACGGAGACCUCCAUCUUUGACAGCAAGGAGCCGCCGCCCGAGAGAUACAUGUUCACCCUGGACCGUCUCAUCUACCUGGAUGCAGCGCAGGACUUUGUGGCGAAAGCACGGAGCAUGUACCCCAAGCGGGACGACGACGACGAUGACGACGACGAGGAAGAUGCCACCCUCAGGCUUCCUUUCCUGCUGAGAAGAGCCCAUCAGGCGUUUCCCAGGGACGAGGAAGAGGAGGAGCUGGACAGCGACGCGCUGGACGGCGCCCAAGACAGCGGCAGCGACAUCAACAAUGACGACGAGGAUGACGGCGGUGUGGAGCGGUCCCUCGAUUGACUUCGCCCUGUAGCGACGCCUGCCGGCGCCUAGGGGGCGCUCUACUCCCGGCAAAGGUCUCCUGACUGCGGGCACACGGUGGCAGGCAGCGUGAACAGGACUGCCACGUACGCUGGAGGCUCUUCGCUAUUUUAUGUCCCCGCUUUACUCUUUAAAACGUCCGACUGAGCCGGCUGAGUGGAGAAACGCUCUUGGAAAGUGCGACAUGGUGCCUGAGGCUGGAGAACAGUUUACUCCAGCAAAGGUACCUGAAAUGCACUGCGGUAAAACCUCAACUGGGAGUAACUUUUCUGGCCCUUUUCCACGUCCGCAAAGCCUCGCUCAUAGACGUCCACGGCGGCGACUCGAGCCUGCUGCCGGUCUAUCGCCGAGGCCCUGCUCUUCCCAGAAUGCCUUGCUCCGGUCCGCGGGAGCCGUUUCGCCACGUUGGGCAGACGUUCCCCGCAGCUCCGUUCGCUGCUCCACUAUCAGCCUUGAGGGGUCAGUUGAGAGGGAGAGACAUUUGGAGUCCAAGCAAAAGAUUUCAUUUGGACGUAAUUUGUCAACUUGUUACCCCCCCUC